ACCAAGCCCACACCACGCUAACAUAAGUACAGUAGGCGCUAUAACGACAUGUUGAUUGAUUAUUGAUUGCUCAGUUGGACGCCGUCAUUCAUAGGCCUUGAGGCUCGGAUGCCACCCCUCCUUCUGCCUGAGGUGGCUGCUGUAGAAGACGCGCACGACAACACCCAAAAGCUACCAGCACUCGGCGCAUCACCUGUUGCCUAUUCGGGGUGCUGCCUUGCCCUCAGCGCGCCCCUCAUCGAAUACCUCCAGUCGCUCCUGCCACAGCCACCAGCCGUCGCUCUUUCCAUCGGAAGCGGCUCUGGUCUCCUCGAAGCAUACCUCGUCGAUGAGCCCAUGGCGCGCAACGUCAUCGGCAUAGAAGUCGAGCCAAGCUCCAAUCAAUACUUGCCUGCUUCGCACCAUCGCCUAGUCCAUGGCACUCGCUUUCUCCAUCCUCUUGCUGCCGAAGCUACGACCUGGCUCUUUGUCUAUCCCCGGCGCGUGGGCUUGUUGGACGAGUAUCUGACAGAGUAUGGGAAUACAUCGCUGGAGAGGGUGAUAUGGGCAGGUCCUCAGGCAGACUGGGGCGACUACAAGGCCUGUUUUGCCGACUGGCAUGUACAGGAACGGGGCGCUGAUGAGGUAGGCGGGAAGCCAUGGGAGCUUAUUGCUGUAGCAAAGAAGCGACCAUCAUGAGACUACCUAGGUACAAUGUCAUGGCUAGGUGGCACACAACAUUGAAUGCAUAGAACAA